AUGGAACGGACCAAGGGCAUGUGGGCCCAGGGUGGAGGAAGGUGGAAUGGGCACAACCCACCUGGGCCUGGACUCCACGGAAUAGGGUUGAGAGAGUGUCCAGUGAUGAGGAGGGAUCCAGUAAAGUGGAAGGUCCAGGGCAGCUGGAGCGACGGUACUCCACCUGGAACCGCCGAUGUUUGGACAAAUGACCAAUUGGUGGCUUUCCUCUCAAGAUAUCGGGAUAUGAACUUUUUGAAGUCACAUGGCAGAGAUAAUGCAAGGUUCAUCAGAAAACAGGGCCUGGACAGGUUGUUCCUAGAAUGUGACACACACAUGUGGCGUCUCGGAGAUAGAAAGAUUCCAGAAGGCAUCACUGUAGAUGGUGGCUCUGACUGGUUUCUCUUGAACAGGAAAUUUGUAGAAUAUGUGACCUUUUCCAAUGAUGAUCUUGUUACAAAGAUGAAGCAAUUCUAUUCCUACACACUGCUUCCAGCUGAGUCCUUCUUUCAUACGGUGUUGGAAAACAGCCCUUACUGUGACACCAUGGUUGAUAAUAAUUUGCGAAUUACUAACUGGAAUAGAAAACUAGGCUGCAAAUGUCAAUACAAACACAUUGUUGACUGGUGUGGCUGUUCUCCAAAUGACUUCAAACCUUCUGAUUUUCACCGCUUCCAGCAAACAGCAAGACCAACAUUCUUUGCUCGUAAAUUUGAAGCUGCAGUGAACCAAGAAAUAAUUGGGCAACUGGACUAUUAUUUGUAUGGCAACUACCCAUCUGGCACACCAGGCCUGAGAUCAUACUGGGAGAACCUGUAUGAUGAACCUGAUGGAAUCCACAGUAUCAGUGAUGUCAUGUUGACAAUGUUCCAUUCAUUUUCCCGCAUGGGACUGAAAAGAGCUGAAGCAUCCCUACACACAGAUGGAGAAAACAGCUGCCGAUACUAUCCCAUGGGCCACCCGGUUUCAGUCCAUCUUUAUUUCCUUGCUGACCGCUUCCAAGGUUUUCUUAUUAAACAUCAUGCCACUAAUCUUGCAGUCAGUAAGCUCGAGACAUUGGAGACCUGGGUAAUGCCAAAGAAGGUUUUUAAGAUUGCCAAUCCCACUAGUGAUUUUGGCAGGCUGCAGUUUUCUGAGGCAGGAACUGAGUGGGAUGCCAAAGAAAGAAUAUUCCGUAAUUUUGGCGGCAUCAUGGGGCCUAUGGAUGAGCCAACUGCAAUGCAGAAGUGGGGUAAAGGACCCAAUAUUACAGUCACUGUGGUGUGGAUUGAUCCUGUAAACAUCAUUGCUGCUACAUAUGACAUAUUAAUCGAAUCCACAGCAGAAUAUACUCAUUAUAAACCACCCCUGAACUUGCCUCUUAGGCCAGGCAUCUGGACUAUUCGUGUUCUUCAUCACUGGGUCCCUGUGGCUGAAACAAGAUUUUUGAUAUCUCCCUUGACUUUUUCCAAUCGACAGCCAAUAAAGAGUGAUGAAGUUGCCAAGUUUCAUAGUGGACCCUCAAAAAAGGCUUAUAUGGAACAGAGCUUCCAGGGACUGAAUCCAGUAUUAAAUAUACCAAUUAAUUCCAUACAAGUGGAACAAGCAAAGAAGAAUGCAGCCCUUGUAGGUUUUAAACUGGAAAGCUGGGUUGACAGCUUAGCAAGCAACAUCUGGUCAGCAGUUGACAUCUGCACCACAGGACCGUCCUCCUGUCCAGUCAUGCAGUCCUGCUCCCAGACUGCAUGGAGCUCACUCAGUCCUGACCCCAAAUCCGAACUUGGCCUUGUCAAACCUGAUGGGAGAUUGAGGUAG